AUGGCCCAGACACCCCAGGCUCUCUAUGGCAUAUCCUGCGAGUUGCAAGGCGAGAUCACCAGGUUCCUGUGGCCCAAGGAGGCUGAACUGCUGCUGCCAACCUGGUUGCCAAAGCGCCAGGGUGCCAAGGCGGGCCAUGUCCUGGCACUGCUGCGCUGGAGAGCCUACCUGCUCCACACCGGCCUUCCCCUGAGGGUGGACUGCACAUUCAGCUACCUGGAGGUGCAGGCUAUGGCCCUGCAGGAAAUACCCCCUCAGGUCACCUUUGAGCUGGACUCCCUUCCUGACCUGGUCCUGCAGUUUCCUGCCUUGGCUGCCCUGGAACAACUGGCCCAGCACAUUGCAGUGGCCAUCAAGAGGAUCUUCCCUCGCUCCACCCUUGGGAAGCUGUUCCGGGAUCCCACCCCCCCAGCCAUGUUGGCCCGCCUAGAGAGAAGCACUCAUCUCUCAGAGGCCACAGCACCCAGCAGACCCUGUGGCGGCUUCGUGGAGACAUAUGAGGCUCUGUGUGACUACAAUGGCUUUCCUUUCCUUAAGGAGAUUCAGUGGGAUGUGGACACUGUGUACCACCGCCAGGGCUGCCGACACUUCAGCCUGGGAGACUUCAGCCACCUGGGCAGUCGGGACCUGGCCUUGAGUGUGGCAGCCCUGACCUACAAUCUAUGGUUUCGGGGCCUCUCCUGUGUAGACAUGAAGUUGAGCCUCGAGGUCUUGGAACAGAUUCUGCACAUGAUGAGCCAGUCUUGGCACCUGGAGGAGCUGGUGCUGGAGGCCUGUGGGCUUCGGGGAGACUUUGUUCGGAGACUGGCCCAGACAUUGGCAGGACACCCAAACUCUGGGCUGCGGGAGCUCAGCCUGGCUGGGAACCUACUGGACGAUAAAGGCAUCAUUGCGCUCAGUCAGCACCUAAAGCACCGUCCUGGGGCCUUGAGGAGACUCAACUUGGCCCAGACCGGGCUGGGUCCCCGAGGAAUGAAGGCUCUGGGCCGCGCGCUGGCUUCCAACUCUGCCUUCGACUCUGCCCUGACCUACCUGGACCUUUCUGGGAACCCCGGGGCACUAGGGGCCUCAGAGGACAAUGGAGGCCUCUACAGUUUCCUGAGCCGCCCAAAUGUUCUGUCGGUCCUGAAUCUCGCAGGCACCGAGGCAGCCCUGGACAUGGUGAGGGGCGUUCUGGGCGGGGGAGAGAAAGACCCCGGGGUGUGGUGGGGGGCUGGGAACCACCAGGCAGCUGGGCCGGUGACCCCACUGCCUCCUUUGCAGCUCUUCUCUGCAUUGGCCCGUGGCUGCUGCUCCAGCCUCACGCACCUCGACGCCUCCAAGAACGUCUUUUCCCGAACGAAGUCUGGAGCCACUUCGGCCCUGCAGCGCUUCCUGGGCCGCACGGAGAUGCUGCGCCAUUUGGGCCUGGCGUCCUGCAAGCUGCCGCCUGAUGCGCUCAGAGCCCUUUUGGAAGGCCUAGCGCUCAACACCUACCUGACUGACCUGCACUUGGAUCUCAGCGCCUGCGAGCUGCGCUCCGCAGGCGCUCAGGUGAUCCAAGACCUGGUCUGCGAUGCCGGCGCACUGAGCUCCCUAGACCUGGCUGACAAUGGCUUCGGCUCAGACAUGGUGACUCUGGUGUUAGCCAUCGGGAGGAGUCGGUCCUUGCGACAUGUGGCGCUUGGAAGGAACUUCAACGUCCGGUGCAAGGAGACCCUGGAUGACGUGCUGCAUCGGAUUGUGCAGCUCAUGCAGGAUGACGACUGUCCUCUGCAGUCUCUGUCGGUGGCCGAGUCACGGCUGAAGUUGGGUGCCAGCGUCUUGCUCCAGGCCCUGGGCACCAAUCCCAAUUUGCAGGCACUGGAUAUCAGCGGCAACGCUAUGGGGGACGCGGGAGCCAAGAUGUUGGCCAAGGCGCUCCGGAUCAACACCAGGCUCCGGUCUGUGGUCUGGGACCGGAACCAAACAUCUGCUCUGGGCCUGCUGGAUGUGGCCCAGGCGCUGGAGCAGAACCGCAGCCUAAAGGCCAUGCCGCUGCCGCUGAGUGAUGUGGCCCAGGCACAGCGCAGCCGCCCAGAAUUGACAGCACGUGCAGUUCAUCAGAUCCAAGCCUGUCUCUUGAGGAACAGUCGCGCUGAUCACACCGCUUCUGAUGACUCUUCCCCAAGCACAAAGCCACUGACUCUACACUCAGGCCCCUCUGAGCAGGAAGUGAAUGAACUAUGCCAGUCAGUGCAGGAGCAUGUGGAGCUGCUGGGCUGCCAGGCCGGGCCACAGGGUAGAGCUGCCCUGCACCAGGCUGAGGAUGCCAUCCAGAAUGCCAACUUCUCUCUCAGUAUUCUCCCCAUUCUAUACGAGGCUGGGAGCUCCCCAAGCCACCAGUGGCAGCUUCUACAGAAGCUGGAGGGUCUUCUGGGACAGGUGGGCAAGGUCUGCCACCAUGACAUUCAGGACUUCACCCAGGUCACACUGGACACAACCAAGAGCCUUUGCCCACCGAUGCCACAGGGACCCAGGUGGAGGGAGCAGCUAGAGGAGGCCCUAGUGGGCUCCCGGGGUCUUCCAGAACUGCUCCCAGAGCAGCUGCUGCAAGAUGAAUUCACCAGGCUCAGAGACGUGCGGCUGUCCGUCACAAGCUCCUUGGCCGAGAACAUUGUGGCACAGGCUCUGGAGGGUCUGAGUGCAGCUCGGGAUCAGCUGGUGGAGAGUAUGGCUGAACAGGCAACAGUCGUGGUUCCCCCUGAUCUGCCCAAACUGAUGGGGUGCGAAUAUAGCCCCCUCCUCGGACCUGGGGAGCCAGAGGGUCUUUUCUUCCCCAAAGAGACGUGUGAGGAUGAUGAAAAGGUUCCCAAGGAUGACUAUUGUCCAGAGAAAUGGCAUGAGUCCAAGCACUGUGCUGGUCCGCUCUCUUCUCACUGUGCUGCUGCUGAGCCGGCGGAGCCUGAGCCCAAGCUGGCGGCUCCCGGGGAAGAUGCGGAGCCGCAGGCGGGGCCGUCGGCGCGCGGCUCGCCCAGUCCCGCCGCCCCCGGGCUCCCGGCCGGGCCUCUGCCUCGCAUGGACCUGCCGCCCGCCGGGCAGCCCCUGCGCCAUCCCACCCGGGCCCGGCCACGGCCGCGCCGCCAGCACCACCACCGCCCGCCGCCGGGGGGCCCCCAGGUGCCCCCAGCCCUGCCGCAGGAAGGGAAUGGGCUCAGUGCCCGUGUGGACGAGGGCGUGGAAGAAUUCUUCUCCAAAAGGUUGAUCCAGCAGGCUCACCUCUGGACGCCUGAGGAAGAGCCAGCUACUGAGGGAGGCACCAGCCCUGUCCCACGUACACUGAGGAAGAGGCUGGGCACCCUCUUUGCCUUCAAGAAGCCUCGUUCAACUCGGGGACCACGACCUGAAUUGGAAACUAGUCCAGGGGCAGUUCCUCGAGUCCGGAAAACCACACUCGGAGAUCUGCUGCGCCCACCAGCCCGACCUGGCCGGGGUGAGGAGCCUGCAGGGGCUGAGGGCGGCACCAGCAGUCCUGACCCCGCUCGCAGGAGCAGACCCCGAUACACGCGGGAGAGCAAGGCCUACUCCAUGAUACUGCUGCCGGCUGAGGAGGAAGAGGCCGUGCUGGGGGCCAGACCCGACAAGCGGCGGCCCCUGGAACGGGGAGAGACAGAGGUUGCCCCAUCCUUUGAACAGCGGGUACAAGUGAUGCUACAGCGGAUCGGCGUGAGCCGAAGCAGCGGAAGUGCUGAAGGCAAGAGAAAGCAAAGCAAAGACGGAGAGAUCAAGAAGGCUGGCUCAGAUGGUGAUAUCAUGGACAGUUCCACUGAGACCCCUCCUAUGUCCAUUAAGUCCCGCACCCACUCUGUGUCUGCCGACCCUUCAUGCAGGCCUGGGCCAGGUGGCCAGGGGCCUGAGUCUACCACCUGGAAGACACUGGGGCAACAGCUGAAUGCAGAACUCAGGGGUCGUGGUUGGGGCCAACAGGAUGGUCCUGGCCCCCCCUCCCCUUGCCCUAGUCCCCGGAGAACCAGUCCUUCUCCAGACAGCCUGGGCCUUCCAGAGGAUCCUUGCUUGGGUCCCAGAAAUGAAGAUGGCCAUCUGAGGCCACGGCCUCUCUCGGCAGGGCGGCGAGCGGUGUCUGUGCAUGAGGAUCAGCUCCAGGCCCCUGUUGAACGGCCCCUGCGGCUGCAGCGCUCCCCUGUUCUCAAGCGCAGGCCGAAGCUUGAGGCACCCCCAUCUCCAAGCCUAGGAUCUGGCCUUGGAGCUGAGCCUCCGCCCCCACAGUCCACAGACCCUUCCAGCCCUGAACGGAGCCCACCCUCCCUAGCCACAGACCAAAGAGGCGGCGGUCCCAACCCCUGAGCCUUUCCUUUCCUGCCGCAUGAGAUUAUUUUAUUAAAAAAACUCAAAGGAA